AGACACGGGCUAAAGCGUGCGAUUCCACCAAUUCGCCACCAAUUUUGCUCUAUAGUAACAAUAAUAAUAAUUUAUUGUAUCGCGAUUUCUGUUACAAAUUACACGAUAAUUAUAAAUUGUACUACUAUUGUAAUUACUAACGCGGAAAUAUAGCUUAAUAUAAGAAAUAGUCAGAUCAAUUAUUUCCCCCCUGUCUAUAGCUGGUUUAUCAGCAUCAGAAUUAAGAUGUAAUCAGUUGUUUACAAACCAUUGGUUACUUUCACACAUUUGUUGAAUCUGAAACCUGGCUAUACGAAUUGACUGGUCUACAGCCUGUACAGUGGCUAUUCCCGUUUAAACCAGAUGUCCCCUCUCAAAGUCAAUGUGCGCUCCAGCAACAGAUGCAUUUUCAUGUGGAGGAAGUGCGCAAGUUAAAAUGUAAACCGCUGUCUUCAAGAAAUGCUGGACAGCUCGAUCUUUUAGCGACUUCGUGAGACAGUUCCUGCCUCUGAUGUAUGGUGCAGUUACUUCCACUCUCAGUAAGAUGUUGACAUCCCCUUGUAUCCAGCGGGUCAGACAACACAUGUCUGUCAUCAACUGGAAAACUGCAAAUUAUGGCUGCUUAAUGCUAAAAGUAAGGCUAUGUCAUUCUUUUGAUCAAUCUAUGGACCUGACAAAUGGCAAUUAUCCAGCAUCAACUGUUCAUUCAAAGAGGAAAUACAGAUCUAACAGCUCCCCCAAUCAGAUGGCCUCCUCUCAGGUCAAUCAUAUUUUAAAAGCCAAUGAAUACAGCUUCAGAGUGACCGGGUAUGAAGGGCGAUCUGGGGGGUCAGUUGUUGGGUUAGAGAGCAACAUCCUGGCAUCCAACUCCCCCAGCGAGGACAGGCGGAGUGCAGCCACGUGUCUGCAGAGCAGGGGGAUGCUCUUCGGGGUGUUCGAUGGCCAUGCUGGCUCUGCCUGUGCUCAGGCAGUGAGUGAGCGUCUUUUCUACUACAUAGCAGUGUCCCUGCUCCCACUACAGACUCUCCUGGACAUUGAGGAGGCAGUGGAGAACGACAGGCCGGUCAUGCCCAUGCUUCAGUGGCACAAGCACCUUAACGACUACGUCAGCAUGGAUGCCGGCAAGCUCUACUUUAACAGCCUCCGCACCUACUGGCAGGAGCACAUUGACCUGCAUGAGGACACCAAUGAUGAGGACAUUCCGACCGCCUUGACCAAUGCCUUCAAGAGGCUGGACAAUGACAUCUCUCUGGAGGCCCAGGUGCACUUCGGGGAUCCCCUCUCCCUCUGCACCCCGCUCAGGGUGGCACUGUCAGGGUGCACGGCUUGCGUGGCUCACGUAGACGGGGACGAUCUCCAUGUGGCCAACCUAGGUGACAGCAGGGGCGUAUUGGGAGUCCAGGAGGCGGAUGGCAGCUGGUCGGCGCUCACCAUCACCAACGACCACAACGCCCAGAAUCCUGAUGAAAUGCAGCGAGUGCUCUCUGAGCAUCCGAGCCUGGAGAGGAAGACGGUGGUGAAGCAUGACAGGCUGCUGGGCCACCUCCUGCCCUUCAGAGCUUUUGGGGACAUCAAGUUCAAGUGGAGCAGUGAGCUCCUCAACCGCAUGUCAGAGGCCCGGCCGGACAUCCUGUCAGGGAACGAGUUUGCCAAAAUGGUGCCGUCCAACUACUACACGCCGCCUUACCUAAUUGCUGAGCCCGAGGUGACGCACCACAAACUGCGGCCGCAGGACAAGUUCCUCAUCCUGGCAACAGAUGGCUUGUGGGAGCUGAUGCACAGGCAAACGGUGGUGCAGGUCAUUGGAGAACACCUGUCCAGUCUCAACUGGCAGAAGCCCCUGACGGCAGUGAGCUUCACACUUGGACAAAUGCAGCGACUCCUCCAGGAAAGGAAGAGCAGGGCCCUUUCAGCGCUGGAAGAUGAGAAUUCGGUCACACACCUGAUCCGACAUGCUCUGGGCAGUGAUGGGUUUGGUUCUGUGGAUCCCAGGCGUCUGGCCAAAAUGCUGAGUUUGCCCCAAGACCUGGCACGAAUGUACAGGGAUGACAUCACUAUUAUAGUGAUUCACUUUAAUAAUCCAGUCAUGUGAAAAUAUGCCAAAGUUAUCCCUCUGCCAGUAAUAAAUAUAUGAUAUUCACAUGGGUUGUAUGGAAUUGAACUUUAAAUGUUCUUUUUUGUGGUGAGUGAAGUAACACUAUAGUGUUUUUUUUAAGUAAGUGAAUCUAUUAAUGAUCAAAUUUUCUUUUUCACACCCUCCACAAAACACUCAAAAUGUGUGAAUGUAACAAAUAUUUUCCCAAAAUGUGCAAACUAUGAAAUAAACAAAGCUCCUGCGACACCCAGCAUGGUUAUUUUUAGAGCACUGAACAGAAGACAUUGACCUUUGUAAGCGAACCUUUAAGGAACUAGAUACUGACUGCUGAAGUACAAACAAGAAUUGCACAAUUUGCGGCACAGAAAGGCAAGCCUUCGUUAAACAUUCUUUUAAACUGAGUGUUUAUGAUCUGCCAGAUUCCACCACACACGCCAUACAGAUUUCAUUAGCAAGCUUGGUUGAGCCAUUGCUUGAUAAGGCUUAAAACCUUAUAAGACACUGUUGUUAGAUACAGAGAAGUGGAAUAUCCCUAACUGGCUGUUGUCACACCUAUGAUAAAAUGGGUAGAGAAGUUUGAGGUAAAGCAGAGCAGUUUCUUUACUAAUACUCAUGCAUUCGAUUUACCGCAAAUGUAGAAAGGAUUACAAAUCACACCUACGGUGCGAUUAGUUUCAUCCAGACACUUAAAUGUACAUUGUCUACUUAUACACUUGUUAAAAACAAGACUGAAACUUCUCUCCACAGCUUUCUGACCUUUCUUUCCAUUCCUUCAUUUUCUUUGAUGUUAGAUGUGUGAGAUACUGCACUGUAAACCAGAUAUGCAACCAUACUUUCAUGACCAUAUUAAUGUUGAAAGAACUGUAUUGGUUUAAUAUAUUGACUGUUAGAGUGGUUAUUUGUUUCAUAGGUGGAAUGUUGUGUUAUUUUCCAGCAAAAUACCCAAAUAUAAAAAAUGUCUGAGUUCUCCUACUUGUGAAACCGCCUUGUAAUAAAGACCUGUUUUCCACAAA